GCAGGCUUAUGGGAGCGACAAAGACAGAGGCCGCCGAUGCAGCAGGGUUUCCGAACGCGCCUGGGAGAGGUUAAGGGUUACUGCGGUUCAAUGAAACACAUGUUUCGACAGUCACGCCUGUUGUUUACUCGUUGUCGUUAAGUGCCACGAACAGUCUCUGGUUUUGGUGUUAACAUUUUCCUUGAAGUUCAGGACCGCCAUGCUCAAAGGUGUCAGUGCAUUUGUUACUGGGGGUGCCUCAGGUUUGGGUAGAGCAACUGUUGAACGGCUCUCAAAACAAGGUGCAAAUGUCGUGUUGGCCGAUCUACCAAAUUCGGAUGGGCCAAAUGCUGCUAAAGGCUUGAAAAAUGUGAUUUUUGCGCCCAUAGAUGUAACGCAAGAAAAAGAUGUACAACAGGCUCUCGGAACGGCUGUGAAUAAAUUCAAAAGGCUGGAUCUGGUUGUCAAUUGUGCUGGCAUUGGUUAUGCCCAAAGAACGGUGAACUUAAAGAAGAAAUCCCCUCACACCCUUAAAGAUUUCCAAAGAGUCCUUGAGGUGAAUACACUGGGAACAUUCAAUGUGAUAAGAUUAGCAGCUGUGCACUUCCAAGCAAAUGAGCCCAAAGAAGAUGGAAGUCGUGGUGUGUUCGUGAACACAGCAAGCAUUGCUGCGUUUGAUGGCCAGGUUGGUCAGAGUGCAUAUUCCGCUAGUAAAGGAGCCAUCACUGCCAUGACCCUACCGAUUGCCAGAGAUUUGGGCCCAAUAGGUGUAAGGGUUGUUACCAUAGCUCCAGGGUUAUUUGAAACACCACUACUACAAGGACUACCAGCCCCAGCCAUCAACAAUUUAGUCCAAUAUGCAGCAUUCCCAGAACGCUUAGGAAAACCUGAUGAAUUCGCACAUUUGGUGGAACAUAUUUUCCAAAACAGCAUGCUGAACGGAUGUGUCAUUAGAUUAGACGCAGCCAUGCGAAUGCCUGCUUAGGGUUUGGUAUGGGGUAAUUAGUGGUUUGAGGGUGGAUUCGAAUCUACUUGUGGCGUGUCAAAGUUUUACCAGUUUUCUUAUGUAGUUUAUUGAUGAAUUUAUACGUUUUUUUUUCUGCUUACACAACUAUGGUAUAUAUGACUUUUAUAUUGUAUACAAGAAUUUGGUAAUAAAAUAUUUUCAAACUA